UCCGUACGGAGUUUAUAAACACGGAUGUGAGCGGUGUGUGUUCCAGCUGAGGGCAGAGUCCAAAUCAGCUUGUCACACAUUAAACUAUUAUUAAACUCUGCCGUUUUUCCGUCGUGAUGCACCGACUGAAGAUCAUCUCGGGCCACUUGGCUCCGUCCGGAGCCUCGCAGCGCAGACGGGAGCUGUGCCGGGCGGAGUGCGGGGCGGCGGGCAGCAGCAGCCCGGAGGACGUGGUGGUGGUCCACGGGAGGAGGACCGCCAUCGGGAAGGCGAAGAGAGGAUCGUUUAAGGACACGACUCCUGACGAGCUGCUGAGCGCCGUGAUGACGGCUGUGCUCACAGAUGUUGGACUGUCAGCCGACAAGCUGGGAGACAUCUGCGUCGGUAACGUGCUGCAGCCUGGCGCCGGCGCUCUGAUGGCCCGAGUGGCUCACUUCCUCAGCGGGUUCCCAGAGACAGUGCCCAGCUUCACCGUCAACAGGCAGUGCUCCUCGGGGCUGCAGGCUCUGUUCAACAUAGCAGGAGCCAUCAGGAGCAGAUCCAUCGACCUCGGCCUCGCAUGCGGCGUGGAGAGCAUGUCUCUGCGUAGCGUCGGUAAUCCAGGAGAUUUGAGCUCCCGGCUGGUGGACGUGGAGAAGGCCAGAGACUGCAUCAUCCCGAUGGGCAUCACGUCAGAGAACGUGGCGGAGAGAUUCGGCGUCUCCAGAGAGAAACAGGACGCCUUCGCUCUCAGCUCCCAGCAGAAAGCGGCGCAGGCUCAGAGGAGCGGUGUGUUCCAGCAGGAGAUCGUUCCCGUCACCGUCCGCUUGGUGGACGACAAGGGCAAGGAGCGCCAGGUGACGGUCGCCGAGGACGACGGGAUCCGGGCGGGGACGACUCUGGCCGGACUCGCUAAACUGCGUCCGGCCUUCAAACCGGACGGCAGCACCACAGCAGGUAACUCCAGCCAGGUGAGCGACGGGGCGGCGGCCGUGCUGAUUGGUCGGCGGGCUGCCGUGGAGGCUCUGGGGCUGCCGGUCCUGGGGGUCCUGAGGGCCAGCGCCGUGGUCGGGGUCCCGCCGGACAUCAUGGGGGUCGGACCGGCCGCCGCCAUCCCUGCAGCGCUGCAGCAGGCCGGACUGACUGUUGGAGACAUCGACGUGUUUGAGAUCAACGAGGCGUUCGCCAGUCAGGCGGUGUUCUGUGUGGAGAAGUUGGGGAUCCCUGUGGAGAAGGUGAACCCUAACGGCGGCGCCAUCGCUCUGGGUCACCCUCUGGGCUGCACCGGCGCCCGCCAGGUGGUGACGCUGCUCAACGAGCUGCGGCGCCGAGGCAGGAGGGCGUACGGCGUCGUGUCCAUGUGCAUCGGCACCGGGAUGGGAGCGGCUGCCGUCUUCGAAUACCCCGGGCCGUAGGAGCCACGUCGACUAUCUCUGAGAUUAAAAACCUCUCAGAAGGAACAGGUAGCGGCCCGACGCAGGUGUGACUACAAACUCUACAGUAAACAGCAUGACAACUGGAGACACUCUGCCUUUUCAAGAUACUGAAAAAAAAUUUGCUUUAAAUUGAAUUCUAUGUAAAAAGCAUAAAACAAACAUAAAAUACUCUUCAUAUUACUGAAUGUAAAAUUAAGGUCGAUUUAGGCGAAAAAAAUUAAAAAUUUAGGGGGAAAAAACUAAUUUUUUUAAAGAAGCUCACAUUGACAAGCAGGAAAAAAAUCACAAAUUUAGAGAUUUUUUUAAACAAAUUUAUAAUUUUUUCUUGUAAAUUUGAAACUUUCUUUUUUUAAAUUAGAGAUUUUUUUUCUCUUAAAAUUUUUACCUUUUUACCUGAUCUUUGAACGGUGGACAUGAAGUGUGACGGAGACAUAUCAAUCAGUCAAUCUUUAAAUUAAUCUAAAUCACUAAACUACUGUAACUCUGAAUAAGUGCCUUCUGUCUCAUGUUUUUUGUCACAAAUAUAGGAGGAAAAAGGUGAACAUUUAGGAGAGAAAAAAUCACCAAUUUAGAGAAAACAUUCCAAAUUUAAAACCUUUUUCUUGUAAAUUUGAGAUUUUUUUCUCUCAAAUUUUUUACUUUUUUGUCACAAAUUUACGGGAAAAACUCACAAAUUUAGGAGAAAAAAGUAAAAUAUUUACAAGAAAAAAAAAAAUUCACACAUUCACGGGAAGAAAACAAAAAAUUUUGCAGAUAAAAACAGAUUUAUCGGCUUAAGUUCUUUAAUUUAAACCAGUAAAUAUGGCAGAGAGUAACAGCAAAGGUUUUUCUUGUAAGUGUGGCUCUGAUUGACAAACAUUUGAUAUUGAACUGCAUAAACAAUAUUUCAUGUGUGUAAAGAUGAGUUUGAUUUAAGUGUUUCAGGAAUAUUAGACGUGAUUAUUUCCUGUCUAAUUUUAGGACUAAUCCAAAACAUUUUCC